AUGGAAUCACAUAUUAAUUUUCACGAAAUGAAUAUAGACGAUCGUAUACUGAAAGCAAUUGCAAAUCAAGGAUGGACAGAACCUACAUUGGUUCAAGAACGUGGUAUCCCGCUCCUGUUGGAAGGCAAGGAUAUGUUGGUGAGGGCAAGAACAGGAUCUGGAAAAACUGCAGCAUUUGUUAUACCAGUAAUUCAAAAAAUAUUAGAAUUCAAAGAUAUAAAUGCAGAUACUUAUUGUACACAAGCAUUAAUAUUAGCUCCAAGUAAAGAACUAUGUAACCAGAUUUUUAAGAAUAUACUCCAGUUAACUAUCAAAUGUUCAAGAGAUGUUAAAUGUGUCGAUAUAUCUGAUCAAAUUGAUAUGAAAGAACAACAACCUUUAUUAAAUAUACCACCUGAUGUUAUUGUGGCUACACCAGCUAGAGCAUUGCUUCAUCUACAAGGAAAAAACAUGACACUUAAAAAACUUCAAACACUGGUGGUUGAUGAAGCAGAUUUGGUAUUCUCGUUUGGUUUUGAAGAGGAAAUUAAAGAAGUUAUCAAAUUUUUACCAAAAACAUAUCAAGCUGUUUUGGCUAGUGCAACAUUAUCAGAAGAUGUUAUGGCAUUAAAAAAACUACUUCUACGAAAUGCUGUCAUAUUAAAACUGCAAGAACCUGAUUUGGCUCCAUUAUCACAAUUAACUCAUUACAAGUUGAAUGCUGAAGAAGAAGAUAAAGCUGUAAUUUUAUACUGUAUUUUUAAGUUAAAACUUGUGAAAGGAAAAACUAUAGUAUUUGUUAAUUCUGUAGAUAAAUGCUACAAGUUAAAAUUAUUUUUGGAACAAUUUGGUGUUCAUACCUGUGUAUUAAACUCUGAACUUCCGGCCAGUUGUCGGUGUCAUACAAUAAACCAAUUCAAUGAUAAUAUAUAUGAUAUAAUACUUGCAUCUGAUGAAAAAUUUUUAGAUGAAGAACAUGAAAUAACUUCAACUAAGACAAGUAAACGUAAACAUGAUAAAGAAUUUAGUGUAGCAAGAGGGAUAGAUUUUCAAUUUGUGUCAAUUGUUAUUAACUUUGAUUUUCCACCAGAUAUUUAUUCCUACAUACACAGAGUUGGUCGUACAGCGAGAGGAAAAAAUAAAGGAACUGCCAUUUCUUUUUUAAAUAUUAAAGAACAAAAUUUAUUAAAAGAUGUUGAAGAUUACAUAAAACAAGGUAUUUCAGAAGAAAAUGACAUAUUCCAAGAUUUUAAUUUUAAAUUGGAGGAAGUUGAGGGAUUUAGAUACCGAGCUAAAGAUGCUUGGCGAGCUGUCACUAAAAUUGCUGUUAGAGAAACUCGACUAAAAGAAAUCAAAUUUGAAAUGUUAAAUUCAAAAAAAUUAAAACGAUAUUUCCAAGAAAAUCCCCGUGAUUUAUUGUCUUUGAGGCAUGACAAAGCUUUACAUACAGUGAAAUUACAAGAUCAUAUGUCAGAUGUUCCUGAUUACAUGGUGCCUACUUCUUUAAAAGAAUAUAUAAAAACACAAGAAGAAGAAGAUAAAGGAAUUAAAAAAAAGGAUAAAGCGUAUUAUAAGAAAAAACAAGCUGGAUAUAAGAAAUAUCAUGCGAAAAAAACCAAUCCUCUUCUUGGAAUGGAAUAUACUGGAUUGAAGAAAACAUAA